AUGAAAAACUUUGUGGUUGGACCAAACAAUCUGAAAAUUAAGACCAGCAAGCAUAAAUUGAAAUUGACAUUUUCUCAUAGGAAGAGUGUGGAUGAAAUUAGUGAUCCACAGUUUAGUUUGAAUAUCUUCAACUUUAAGCCUUAUGAGCAUCUCACAAAUCAACUUGAGGUUGAUGAGAAUGAACUAUUCGGUGUCAUAGGAGAAGUUAUUGGUCAUGGUAACGUAGAAUCGUACAAUCAAGGUGGUAAAACAAGUACCUUUAUGAAUUUGGAGCUUGAGGAUCAUGCGAGGAACAAUAUUUCAGCAAUAUUUUGGGGAGAAUUUAUAGAUGAAAUCUUGCCCCACUUGGAUGGAUCACCCAAUCAAUGUGUCAUAGUAGUUAUGCAGCUCAUAAAAGCUCACAAAUUUCAAGGAAGUGGGCGUGAAGUUAACUUUGAGAGGAUUAGUCAAACAACUUCUCAACGUAGUUAUUCUGUUUCUGAAGAACUGGCUCUUGGAAAUGUGAAAGUUAAAAACAUUGGAGAAUUAAUUGAUUUCAUGCAGGAAGGGCAAAUCUGGAUUGUUACUACCGUAGUAAAUUUAGAACUUAAAAGGGAUGGUCAUAUGCUUCAGGUUCGAAUAAUUGAUGGCAUUUCUUUGUUGCUUUGGGAUCGUGAGGCAACAAAACUCAUUGGAAAGUCUGCUGACACCUUGAAAGAAGGUGUAGUAGAGACUUCUGGUGCUGCUUAUGAGUGUUCUCAUCCAUUGGAGAUUGAAGCUAUUCUGGAUAGAAAAUUCAUGUUUAAACUGACGGUUAAAUCUUCCAACAUCGAUGAGAAUGAUGAAGUUUAUAUUGUCGUUAAGGUCAGCGACGAUGAGGACAUUAUACAAAAAUAUAGUCCGUCUUCAGAAGCAGAUACCUUUACUGAUCCAGAUUUCAAUAAUGAACAAGUCACAAGUGGAGAUACGAGAGACAAGGAUUCUAUGGCUGAUAAUGAGAUGAUCUCUCCUAAACGGACCCCUGCCAAGAGAACUAGAGACGAUGAUGGAGCAACCACUGUAGAAGUUGAUGAUGAUAUGGGACAAUUAUCAAGCAACAGGGUGAAGAGAGUGAUUAAAAGGAGAAAAAUUCAUGAGUUGUUGCACAAGCUUUAA